GAGAGGGCCAAGGAGAGAGGACCCUGGACACGCCCAUCCUCACUUCAUUCAUCGUCAUCGACUCAUCGGUCGCCUGCAAAUCCACCCAGGAGAAUCUCGAUGGCCGCCCACGGCAAGCCCAAGCCCGCCGGUCCGCCGCCGCCGCCUCUUCCACCGCCGCCCGAGGCGAGAAAGAGCUUCAUGCGCCGCAUGUUCCCCUUCCUCCUGGCCGCCAACCUCUUUGUCGGAGUUUAUGUACUUGUGCGAACCUACCAAAAAGACUCCGCAAAGGACUCUGCAACAGAUCCUUCUACCGCAUCAACCUCAUCUCCUGGGAAACCUGCCGAACCAGUCGUUGUGCCCAGAAAGGAGCUCCCACCAAUCCCUGAAGAUGAGCAGCGCCAGCUCUACAAAUGGAUGCUGGAAGAGAAGCGGAAGAUCAAGCCACGCAACGUUGCAGAGAAGAAGAAACUUGAUGAGGAGAAGGCCCUUCUCAAGGAGUUCAUCCGAGCAGGAUCCCUCCCGAGCUUAUGAGCUCAUCAGUUGUCAUUUUGGAUAUCUUGUGUCUGUUGUGUCACCAAGAAUAUGGUUGGGCCUGAUUGGAUUGUGUACAAGCACAGUACUGUACUAUCUUGUAAGCUGAUGUCUCAACAAUUUGACCUCCUUAAGUCAAAAGGAUGUGUGCAUGCAAACUUGCUUUGGCUACAUUUAAAACUUUUGUGUGGGAACUUAUGCCCAUCUGCUAUUUGCUCUGUUGACAAAUUA